AUGGAGCGAUGCCCUCGGGAAUCGAGACUGCUAUGCGCGCUGCCUGCCCCCCCCCCCGUCAGAACCAUUAUCGGCCAAUAUGCACUCGGUGUUCUUGCGGACCUUUAUGGCCGCCGCAAAAUGUACGGGCUUGAACUGCUUGUCAUUAUCAUCACAACAGUCGGGGUGACAAUGGCUUCGGAAGGCGCCUCGCAAUCAAUGAACCUUGCUGGAUGGCUAAUCUUCUGGAGAUUCCUAAUGGGGAUUGGGAUUGGUGCUGACUAUCCUCUGAGCGCAGUGAUAGUAUCUGAGUUUGUUCCUACCAAGUCUCGUGCUCGAAUGAUUGCCACUGUUUUCGUUAUGCAGCAAUGUUGA